UUAAGAUUGUUUUCCAAUGUCAAGAAGUUGUCAUAUCAAAUCAACUUUUUAAGAAAUGAAAUUAUUUAUUUAAAAAUUUCGAAACGUUAAAAUAUUGAAUAAAAAUGGUUUUAGCAGAUUUAGGUCGUAAAAUUACGACUGCCUUGCAGUCCCUCAGCAAGGCUACUAUUAUCAAUGAAGAGGUUUUAAAUGGAAUGCUAAACGACAUUUGUCGCGCUCUAAUCGAAGCUGAUGUUAAUAUCAAGUUGGUCAAGUCGCUUAGAGAAAAUGUUAAGUCCGUUAUCGAUUUCGAUGAAAUGGCCGGAGGGCUCAAUAAGCGCAGGAUGAUCCAAAGCGCAGUAUUCAGGGAACUCGUAAAAUUAGUAGACCCCAAUGUGAAACCAUACCAACCGAUAAAAGGCAAACCGAAUGUUAUAAUGUUUGUCGGACUUCAAGGUUCCGGUAAAACGACCACGUGCACUAAAUUAGCGUAUUAUUAUCAAAAGAAAAAUUGGAAGUCUUGCCUAGUAUGUGCCGAUACAUUCAGAGCCGGUGCUUACGAUCAAGUCAAACAGAACUGUACGAAAGCUAGGAUACCCUUUUAUGGAAGUUACACCGAAGUAGAUCCAGUCGUUAUAGCACAAGAUGGUGUCGAUAUGUUCAAAAAAGAAGGAUUCGAAGUCAUUAUUGUUGAUACUAGUGGUAGGCACAAACAAGAGGAGUCUUUGUUUGAAGAAAUGUUGGCUGUCUCAAAUGCAGUGAAACCGGACAAUAUCAUUUUUGUUAUGGACGCCACUAUCGGUCAAGCUUGUGAAUCCCAAGCAAAGGCAUUUAAAGGGAAAGUCGACGUUGGUUCGGUAAUUAUCACCAAAUUGGACGGUCAUGCUAAAGGAGGUGGUGCACUUAGUGCUGUUGCGGCCACGAAUAGUCCGAUUAUUUUCAUCGGUACUGGAGAGCAUAUAGACGAUUUGGAACCGUUCAAAACGAAACCCUUCAUCAGUAAAUUACUAGGCAUGGGAGAUAUCGAGGGCUUGAUAGAUAAAGUAAACGAAUUAAAGUUGGAAGAUAACGAAGAACUUUUGGAGAAAAUCAAGCACGGGCAAUUUACUCUGAGAGAUAUGUACGAACAGUUCCAAAAUAUUAUGAAAAUGGGUCCUUUCUCGCAAAUUAUGGGCAUGAUUCCCGGUUUCAGUCAAGAUUUCAUGUCGAAGGGCAGCGAACAAGAGUCCAUGGCGAGACUAAAAAGACUAAUGACAAUGAUGGACAGCAUGAACGACUACGAAUUAGACAACAGAGACGGGGCGAAGCUGUUUACGAAGCAAAACGGCAGGGUAAUUAGAGUGGCCCAAGGAUCGGGCGUUACGGAACGAGAAGUGAAAGAUCUCAUCCAGCAAUACACGAAAUUCGCCGCCGUGGUGAAGAAAAUGGGCGGCAUCAAAGGCUUGUUCAAAGGCGGCGAUAUGGCCAAGAACGUCAAUCACAAUCAAAUGGCGAAGCUCAACCAGCAAAUGGCCAAGAUGAUGGACCCGAGGGUGUUGCAGCAGAUGGGCGGAAUGGCCGGUUUGCAGAAUAUGAUGAGGCAACUUCAGGCGGGCGCCGCCGGCGGUUUGGGCGGUUUAGGUAACUUAAUGGGCGGUUUCGGUGGUAAAUGAUAAUUGGUAAAUUGCGUUGAAUCUUUAUUUUGUAUUGCAGAAUUGAUUAACUACAUUCUGAUUGGUUUUGAUUAUUGUAAAAAUUUUAUAUUGAUAUAUGUAUAAAUAUGUACGGAAUUACCUUUAAUCUUCUGAUAAGUAAAAGAAAAAAAACAAGAUGAAUUUUUGCUUUUGUGUAUAGAGGUGAGGCAUUAAGUGUGACAGAUUCAUUAAUAUAAAAAAUACUUACACAAAAUUAUUUGCCACAUUGUAUAUUUAAAUUUAGGAUAAAAAAUUACAAGGUAAUUUAAAGUAACGAAGCAAUAACUUUCUUUAAUUUAUAGUCUCUUCGAUACAUAUAAAAUACAGUAUAAUAAGAAAAUGUGGGAUAUUAAAAUAAAUACAAAAUAACAGUUUGCGGUAGAGAUUUACGUUAUCUUCUAUAAAAUAAACUAAAAAAAAUGUCAACAAUUCAAGAUAAAUUUAUAUUCGAAAUUUCUAGUAAAUCCCAACCAUACUUUUAUCUAAAAAUUAAAAUAAUGUUUAAAGCGCAGUAAUAAAAAAUAUUCCAACAAAAAUGAGUAAUAAUAAUAAUAAUUAAACGAUUUCCCAAUCGUCGAGGGACUCAUCUGAUUUCACACUGAUGGUCCUCUCUCUAAUACGAAUGUUGGUCAAUCCCCACGUAUUCGGAAUGCUCAUACAAG